AUGUUGCUGUCGUCCUCCACUGGAAUCACACUAGAUGGAAAUGGUUAUGUUGAUGUUACCAUUGCAAUCAGUUCAAGAGUACCACAGGAUAACACGCUCAUUGAUCAAAUCAAGGACAUGGUCACUAAAGGGUCGAUUCAUCUUCAUCAAGCAUUGGAUAAAAAGGUUUAUUUCAAAGAAGCAACGAUACUUGUUCCACCCCACUGGAGUAGUAAGGAUUUUACCAAGCAAGAGCAGAGUCCUAUGAAAAGAUGUGAAAUGCAGGCAAACAUAAGAAUUGAUAAUGCUAAUCCAGCAUAUGGUGAUGAACCCUACACUCUUCAAUAUGGUAAAUGUGGAGAUGAGGCUCAGUACAUUCAUUUCACCCCAAACUUCCUCCGAGACGACAAACUCAUUAAGACUUAUGGGUCAAGAGGAAAGGUCUUGGUUCAUGAAUGGGCUCAUCUGAGAUGGGGCGUGUAUGAUGAAUACAGUGAAAUAAAACCAUUCUACUACUCUAAUGGCUGUAUUAAAGCUACAAGGUGUAGCAAAAACAUUAAAGGUCAGUUUUAUGAUGAAUCACGUCAACCGUGCCAGACUGAUCCACAAACUUUACUACCGACUAAAGGGUGCAAGUUUUUUCCUAACAAAUAUCAAAACACAGACAGCUCUAUAAUGUUCUUACCAAGCCUGGAUUCUGUGAGCACAUUUUGUCGUGAAAACGAGCACAAUUAUGAAGCCCCAAACUUGCAAAACAAAAAAUGUGGCAAAGCAACACGGACUGUGAUAUUUGAAGAUUCUGUUGAUAAAGACGCACUUCGUUCUCUGAAACCACUGCUGUCCUCUCCACCAGUGCCAACUUUCAAAGUUGUGCAGCGAAAGCAUCGGGUUGUUUGUUUCGUCCUUGAUGUCUCAGGAAGCAUGCAUGGCCCCAGAAUGCGUCGACUACAGCAGGCUGCCACAUAUUUCCUGCAGAACAUCAUUGAGGAUAAAGCCAGUGUUGGAAUUGUAACCUUUAGUACUAAUGUUACAACUCUGAGCCCCUUGACUACUACUGACAAUAAUUCGGCACGAGACAAACUCAUUGAAUUGUUGCCAAAAGUAGCAAAAGGAUGGACAUACAUUUGUACUCAAAAAGGACAAUGGGGAUGUGAUAGGGAUGAAAUAAUUUUUCUGACAGAUGGUGAAGCGACGGAUGACAUUAAUACUUGUGUCCCAGCUGCAAUUGAAAGUGGAGCCAUUAUACACACAAUAGCUUUGGGUAAUAAAACAGAUAAAGCACUGAGGAAAAUGGCUGAGAAAACUGGGGGGAAAUUUAUCACAGCCAGUGACGACAUUCUCUCUAAUCAGCUACUGAAUGGAUUUUUUUCACUUAAACUACCAACAGGAGAUCAAACAAAAGACCCAGUUCAGAUAGACAGUGCGGGGAAAAAAACAUCAGACUGGUUCAAUGGGACAAUAUUAGUGGAUCAGACCAUUGGUACCAAAACCAGCUUUACAAUAACCUAUGAAAAAAGUUUACCUGACAUUUCCAUACAGUCACCAAGUGGUUCAACCUACAAACAAGUACAGAUGCUUCACUAUGAAUCAGCAAAAACAGUCACUUUAAAAGUUCCAGGAACUGCACAGCCUGGAGACUGGAAGUACAGUAUCCAAACUACAAUAAGUCAGUCUCUGACUGUAACAGCAACGAGUCAAGCGGCGCGAGCUGAUGUUCCUCCUAUCGUUGUCAAAGCCCGCAUAAACCAGCAGUUCAGUGACGGCACUAAACCCUUGAUAGUGUUUGCUGAGGUCAGUCAGAAUUACAGGCCUGUAAUAAAGACCGAAGUGUGGGCUACGCUGGAGUCUGAAUCUGGGUCCGCAGAAGAAUUACAACUUCUGGACAAUGGAGCAGGAGCUGAUGCUUUCAAAGAUGAUGGCGUCUAUUCCAGAUAUUUCACACAGGUGAAAAAAGGGAGAAGCAGCUUGAAAGUAAGAGUGAAGAAUCUAGAUGGACAAGCCAGAUUUACUGUCCAAAAAAGUGGUGGUGCCCCAUACGUACCUGGAUAUGUGGUAAACGGUGUGGUGGAGCUCAACCCUCCAAAGCCUCCAGUUACUGAGGAACCACUCAAGGUUGGAAGCUUUACCAGGACAGCCACCGGAGAGAGUUUUGAGGUGGCUUUUACAGGCACAACCCCACCAAAUUUCCCUCCUAACAGAAUCACAGAUCUGAGUGCUGAGAUCCAGGAGAACUCUGUGCUUCUCAGCUGGACGGCUCCUGGUGAGGACCUUGACCAAGGGACAGCUAAAUCCUAUGAGAUCAGGUGGAGCUAUGACCUUCAAAUGCUUCGAGAAAACUUCAGCAAUGGUCAUGUAGUCAGCACAGCUGCCGUCUCACCGCUGGAGGCUGGAUCAGUUGAACAGCAUUCAUUCAAUCUCAGUUUCACAAUCCAAUAUGGCACCACACUUUUCUUUGCAGUUCAGUCUGAGGACAAACAAAAUGCGAAAUCUGAAACUUCCAACAUUGCUCAAGCUUCAAAGAUGCUCCCUGAUUCUCUCUCCAGUGGACAGCCACUCCAGUCGACAGCCACCAGAGAGUGUUUUGAAGUGGUUUUUACAGGAACAACCCCACCAAAUUUCCCUCCUAACAAAAUCACAGAUCUGAGUGCUGAGAUCCAGGAGGACUCUGUGCUUCUCAGCUGGACGGCUCCUGGUGAGGACCUUGACCAAGGGACAGCUAAAUCCUAUGAGAUCAGGUGGAGCUAUGACCUUCAAAUGCUUCGAGAAAGCUUCAGAAAUGGUCAUGUAGUCAACACAGCUGCCGUCUCACCGCUGGAGGCUGGAUCAGUUGAACAGCAUUCAUUCAAUCUCAGUUUCACAAUCCAAAAUGGCACCACACUCUUCUUUGCAGUUCAGUCUGAAGACAAACAAAAUGCGAAAUCUGAAACUUCCAACAUUGCUCAAGCUUCAAAGAUCCUCCCUGAUUCUCUCUCCAGUGGACAGCCACUCCAGUCGACAGCCACCAGAGAGUGUUUCGAGGUGGUUUUUACAGGCACAACCCCACCAAAUUUCCCUCCUAACAGAAUCACAGAUCUGAGUGCUGAGGUCCGGGAGGACUCUGUGCUUCUCAGCUGGACGGCUCCUGGUGAGGACCUUGACCAAGGGACAGCUAAAUCCUAUGAGAUCAGGUGGAGCUAUGACCUUCAAAUCCUUCGUGAAAACUUCAGCAAUGGUCAUGUAGUCAACGCAGCUGCCAUCUCACCGCUGGAGGCUGGAUCAGCUGAACAGCAUUCAUUCAAUCUCAGUUUCACAAUCCAAAAUGGCACAACACUUUUCUUUGCAGUUCAGUCUGAAGACAAACAAAAUGCGAAAUCUGAAACCUCUAACAUCGCUCAAGCUUCAAAGAUCCUCCCUGAUCCAACCCCCUCUGCAAUAUCAAACCCAGGCUUGAAUUUGACAGUUCUUGUAAUUUCUUUAUGUGUAGUAACUAUGGUCAUAUGCUUUGUUGGUGCUGUAAUCACAUGGUCAGUGAGACACAGAAAAGCUUUGAUAUAAGCAACAACUGGGAAUUAACAAUUUGGAAUCCAACAACUUUAGAACAUUACUUAAAAUAACCAUUUUUAUCAAAAAGAAUUUCUUACUUUCUGAAUAUUUUUUCAAGUACAUGUAUUGCUAUCUUAGAAGUCACAUUUAUAAUAGAUUCUCAAUCGAUUUAUCUUCCUCUGAAAUGUGAGUGACUUUAAAUACAAAAGAAUAAAAAUAUUUUUGUACAGUAAGACAUGUAUUAAACUUUUAUUAUGAUGAUUUAAAGCACAUUUUUAGUUAAGUCAGUCUUUGAAUUUUAAAUGGGGACCUAUUAUGCCAUUUUUCAAAGUCUUGAAUUUGUUUUUGGGCUCAACUAGGUUGUCAUGCUUGAAUGCUCAAAAAAACACUUUAUUUUUCAUAUCAUUUUAUAUUGUUGCAGCACCUUUCUUCCCAGUCUGUCAGUAAUGCUUUUAGUUCCUGUCUCUGUGAAGCACCUCAUACUGAAAAGCUCAAUGUGCUCUAAUUGGUGGUGUGUUCUGAUUGGUCAACCAUUUUGAGUGUUUUUUGAUCAACACUGAUCAAUUACUGUUACUCCAGACCUCCCCUGAAGCCGAUAUGGUAGGCUAUGUAUUCUAUUGAUUUUUAAUUUGGAAAAUAUGUUAAUAUUAUGUUUAUCAGAGCUUAGCAGACAGAUAAUUAUUAAGACAAUAGGCAGAUCAUAUACAUACACAAAAUAAUCCUAGUCUGUCUUAAUUUAUGACAUUAAAGGAGUUAGUUACUUACAGAAUGACAAAUUAGUGCACACUUCUGAAGAAGUUCUUUAUUAAUAAUUAAUUAGAUGUAAAAAAUAAGCCUAAUAUAAAAUAAUAUUUGAUCAAGUUCACAUAAGAUACUUCAUCUAUUGUUGAGCUGUCGUUGUCAUGAAUGGGUGUCCUUUUUUUUUUCUUUUUUUUUUUUAAUAAAUAUACACAUAUGCAGACCUGUUUGUCCCUACUUAAUUUUCAUAUUUGGAGAGUUUUUGUGAAAAAUGACUUUUGAGGGCGAUCCUAGAGAUUUUCUAGAGAGGGAAGACAGCUCUCAGAAAUGCAGUGAUGAUGAGACCGGGCAAUGAAUUAUGGGGAAUGUACAGUAUAGUCUUUGAUGGAAUGGCAAAAGUCUGUGAUGGAGUGCCCCCUGCUGGCUCUCAAGGGCACUCCAGCUGCACUCAAGCAAAUUUAUUACUGAAUGGCAAGAAGAAAAAAAAAGUGAUACUUUAUUGUGUACCUUGAAACACCGUAUCACAAUAAAGCAGUAUUUAUUACAUUUAUCAGAAUCAGAAGGAGCUUUAUUGUCAAAUAUGUUUGCACACAAGGAAUUUUUUGGUGACAGAAGAAGCUUCACAGAGACAACAACAGUACACAUAUACAAAAAUAAAAUAAAUAUAUAUGUGAAUAAGACACACAAAUUUGUAUUAACUAGAAUUAACAAGGAAAGGAAUGGAAUAAGAAGAGAUAUGGUAUUGUAUCAAUAACUGAUAUUGCGUAGUUGUUGCACAGUGGGGAGCACAUUU